UGGCACACGGCCAGAGAAGGUUGCUGUGUAGUGUAGGUGUUUUCUUGUGGCGCUGAAACGGUGCCCCAAAGGAACAAGCGAGAUAGAAUUGUCAGCGGAGGCGUUUCGGCAGGUGUCGCCAGCGCCAGGGACAGGUUCCGCUCUGCGAGCUGUCGGUGAGCGCCAAGCGAGUGCCAAUGGCCGCGCCAACAGCCGGAAAAACGAACGAAAUUUCGGUGGAGAAUAAUCCCGUCGACUCCGACAUUGUCUCAGUUGACGCUUUGCUCGCGAAGUCGGGUGAUGGUGAUGAAAGAAAUGGAGGAUUAUGUGACACGCCCAAGGAUUCUGGCGGUGACGGUUUGUCUCUGAGAAGUUGCAUUACGACCGACAAAAACUGUCGGCAGGACCGAGUUCCACACCCUCCGUCGAACGACAGCAACUGCAAUGGUGACGAAGACCCUACGAGUAAGCUUGGUGAAGAAGCUGACAAUCCGCGAGACGACUGCGGAAACAUUCCCAAACCCAGUGGAUGUCAUACAAGCCAAGCCGUUGCUGAACAUGGGCAGGCGAAAAAUCCAAAGGACAUCGUAAACAAGGCUGGGAAACUACACAGUGGCAACACCGCAAAUGCACUCUCUGCUCGCAGGCCCAAAAACAAGCGACACAAGGUUAGCAGCUCGUCCAAGUCUAGCUCGUCUUCCCAUUGUGCAUCGGCGUUUGUCAAACUGGUCCCAUCCAUGGCCAAGAACAGCAAUUUUCGCACAAAGUCCGGAAAUAUGAAGGCAGAACACGCAAACCAUGGAACCUUACCAUGUGCUCCCAUGGUUAAAGUUACUGGUGAAAAUGUACAAGAGCAGGCCAAUCGACAGGCAAACCAAACAUCAGAGUCAACACGUCGAGAGGCAUUCCGCGUGUCGAAUGCUAGUGGGACUAACUCGCUGUCGUCCUCGCCAUCUCCAUUUCCUAUCGUGCGCAUCCGUGAAAAGUCCUUGUGUCACAGGAACCGCGGCAAAAGACUUGCCUAUUCCUUUGAUGGUGUCCAGAUGUCGCCAUGCAGCCCACUGGAGAUGGUGCCAGGAAGCGAAGAAGACGAAGAGGAAGAAGAUGAGGGCAUGAGUGAAAAUGACACUGAUAGUUGCGCUGACCGAGCCAAGUGCAAGCCUACAGGAACGAAGAUGUCUAGCGUAUUGGAGUUCUGCAGCACUUUGAUAAACCACGAGAUGUUGUUACAUGCGCAGGUUGAAAGUGUUCUCACGGAAGGCUUCACGAAUUUUGGACUUGGUGCCGAUAACAAUGGCUACCCUAUGGCUGACCAUUACCCGAUACCUCUGUCAAAGUACCUGGAUCCUACACCCGGAUCAUCAGCUCAAGAUGGACAAAGCGGACACCAUGCAAACCUAGCCAAUGUCCUUUCGGCUGAAUUAAAUCCACCCAAGGCAGCAGAGGAGUGCUCCGACAGCCUUUCACUACCUGAAAAAGGCACACCUGACGAUCACCGGCAUAACGCACUCAGUGAAAUGGCCACAGCCCGCGAGAGUGAUGCGUUCUUCAGAGGCCGUCAUGGUCAACCAUGGUCCGCAUUUCACCAUUCGCAGUUACCAUUAGCAAUGGAGAACAUCGACCCAGGAAAAGACAGCCAUCCUGGACACGUCAUUGCCAAUGCAAGGUCAUCUGCUGCCCUACAACUCACCACAGCAAGUCGUUUCCAGGGAGUACGGACUGAUGCACUUAUACCGGGAGAUAUAUUCAAGUUACCCGACACUAGCAGCAAGCAACCACUGCGAGUCUCUGCCAGCCUAAUGAAUGCAAAGAACCUGAAAAGGCAGCAACCAGCCCCGUGCUGCUCCAGUAUACCAGAUCCAAAGAGAAAGAUGACGAAGAAACUGGAGAAAAUGUUAAUGCAGUGUGAAGGUGGUUUUCACUUCAAGCAGGAGAGCACACCGCAGAGUCAUGAGAAACAAGAUCCUGCAGCAAGCUCUUGUCAGCAAAGCAGAGAGAAUAGUGGUGAUGAAGGUCAGCAGGGCUAUUUGGCAAUUUCUCAAGAGUGUAUGUCAAGCAACACACCACUGCUUUCUCCAACACAACCAGCACUGAGCAAUGAGAAGCCGGCAGAGAACUUGCCACAGCAAAUGGUGCAGAACUCCACACUGCCAGGCAGCGGCUCGAAAGGAGCAUACACACCCUUGUCUGAAGGAGAAGGCGAGGGUACUAACAUGAAGCCGACUGGUAGUGCUGACACCUCUGGUCAUAUCCAUGAUGAUGUGCCGUACAAGGACAUGAUCAUUACAGAAACGUGUGCUGUAGCACCACUUAGGACCUCAGUUGACGCCGCUUGCAGAAAUGAUGCCACUGUUCAAGCCGACACUAUUGGUCACAUCUCUGUUGUGGAACACACCCAGUCUGCACAUGAAGAUUCUAGUCCUGACUCUUCUGAUCAUGGCAAUGUCAGUGCUGAGGAAGAGAAAUCACCGCCUAACAAAGGGGAGGAGAGCCUCGUCGAGAUGGCUAUACAAGAGCCAACUGCUAGUAACUCAGAUAUGAAAGGAUAUGGUUCAUGCCAGGCAAGCCCGGAUAGCUGCGAGGAAGCUCAGCUGCAUCAAAACUUGUCUUCAAAGGAGCCACAGGAGGACAGUGCCAGGCAGUUGAGUUCCCCGCAUAGUUUCGAGGAAAUGUCACCCAGUACUGAUUCCAUAAGCAGUACCAGGUGCUCAGCUUCUUCAUGUGCGCCGGAGAGUACACUCACAGAGAGCGGCGAUGCCACUGAACACUCUGCCAGCGCACAAGAACUAGACACGCCGCCUGCUGAGCAACCACGCCAGUCAACGUUCGUCAUCCCUUCACCACUGCAGAACAUCAUCAAUGCUUUGGCCGUGGUUGAAUCUGGCCGCAGUGAUGGACUUGAGGGGGUCUGCGUAGGGCACGCGGAGAUGCCCGGAGGGAGCCCAUGCGUAGGAACCACCGGUAUGGCUUCAACAGGGACCAUGGCUGGAGGGCGUGACUUACGCAUAGCCCCAGUCAAACAUAGUGCUGAUCAGCAAGAGAGUGUUUCAGCCGAAUCCCCCACGGGAAGUGAGGACUUCGGUAUCCUGGGAUGUGAAACACUACGAGAUGCCAGUACAUCAGCCUGUGCCGAUGAUAUACCAACUGCAGGACAAUUCUCUCCAGCAGCUUCCGACCAAGCACCAAAGCCAGAUACAAGUGCGCUUAUGGGCAUGUGGAUUAACGCAUCGUACUCUACUCACUUCUCAGGUGUGCUUAGUGGAAGCCUUUGCUCGACCAUUCCGUACACUCCCACACCGCAAUCCACACCUGCGUUGCCACCUGCUGCUACUUUGCCAUUUGUGUCAUGUGAAAAUCCCUUCGUCCGGCAGAUGGCACUGCCAAGCCAUGUAGCGACAGCCACUGACAACGGGCUAUCCAGUGCUGUUGCAGACAUGUCGCAUGAUGCUGAACCUUCUGAAGAACUGCCCACAAAGACCAACAAUCAAAACUCUACUCUCACAUAUUGUGGAAAUAGGAGAGAACGGGAACGCGUGCGAGCAAUCAACGAGCAUUAUUCGGAGCUGCAGGACUUGCUGUGGAAAAGCCAGAAGUUGCCUGGACGCAAGAAAUCUCAGGCCAAAGGACAGCUGGCCAGACGCAAGGUCAGUAAGUUGGAGACUCUACAGUCGGCCUCCAAGUACAUUGCUGAGCUACAAUAUCAAGUGGACAGCUUGUCGAAGGAGCACGAACAAUUGUUACAGCAGAGGAGUAUCCAAGGUUGUGAUGGAUCACCGACCAGGAAGGAAUGUGACCUGCUGCAAACCCCUGCAUCUACGCCAAGCAGUUCUGUGGUGACCAAGUCAGUUCACUGUGUCCCUUGCCUUGCGAGUACCUCGUCCGGAUGUGCACCUGUGACUGUGCCCGUAGUCGCCAAUGAUCAUGCCGCACUAUCAGCACACAACCCAGCUCUGCCGUCACCACUGCCUGUAUGCCAACCAUGCUGGCCAGUACUGUGGCCCAAUGCGGGGAAUCCAAACUGGGCUGCAAAAAAGCCAGAUAGCAGAGCCUUCAACCCACCCACUGUUCCACAGUAUCAGCAUUACGAUUGCAAGGCGACGGAAGAAAAGAAUUUGCUGCAUUUGCAGCCAGCACUGUGGAAGAUUCCAUCCCUCAGCAAGACGGAGGCAGACCCGCACGCUACUGGCGCAGCAGAAACCGACACGGCAUCACCGGCAGCAUACCCUGCUGCUGCGGUGUCAUCACCGGUGCAAAGCUCGCCCGAGACAUUUGCUUUCAACUCACCAGGCCUGAUUCAUCGCAACGUACCGCCGCUCGAGCAGCACCCAACUAGUGCCACGUCCGUUUCCAAUCUGUUGAUGUCCUCUUACACGGGAUUCGCCUAUCCGAAUCUAGUCCCUGCAGCUUUCCCAGGUCACUCCAUGUCCACAAUAAAUGGCCAUAUGGAGUCACUAUGGAAUCCACUCUCUGGCAUUCCUGUCAGUACAGGGGUGGCGAAUCGCCAACCUUCCCAGGCUCCAUCAGCUUAGGACAAUUCGGCAUGCCUGGACCGCUGCUUUUAUGUGGUUUCGGACCACUAAUCGCUGCUUCUGAUCUCAUAGCUUUGUAAAGGUUUAGGUAAAGUAUUGCACACCGCUUGCUCUGUUUAUUUGCAUAGCCACACCUUAUUUUUAAAUGCAUGACGCUGAAAACUAGUUCCACUGAAAACCGUCCAGUUCUUCAAAAACAGCCAUUAUUGAUAGGAGUGCAGUACUAUUACCGCUCCGCGAAAUACCACCUUGCCAGCCUGUACCAAAUUUAAUGUGUAGGAGUGGUAUCACCAUUUGUAGGAGUGAUAUUAUAAUUUAUUCCAAGCCUUGCUUUACUGGUGAGUUGUCUUUCAUCUGACACUGCACAGUGAUCGAUAUUAAAAUAAUGCAUGUGUCAUGGCCAGCCCAUCGUAAGUUGCUAAACGAUAUAAAUCUCCUCCUCUUCCCAUGCUCUCUUCAUUGCCAUUAGUAUUCAUCAA